AUGAUCCCGAAUCAUACUUGGAGUGGGAAACAAAGGUGGGAAAAGUCUUUUCAAUCCACAACUACUCGGAAGAAAAAAAAGGUAAAACUUGCAUAUCUUGAAUUCCAAGGUUAUGCACUAACUUGGUGGGAUAAGUUGAAUGUCUCUAGAAGGAGAAAUAGGGAACAACCUAUUGGCACUUGGGAGGACAUGAAGGCAGUAAUGAAGAAGAGAUUUGUACCCCCUCAUUACUAUAGAGACUUGUUCAAUAAGUUGCAAGGCAUAACUCAAGGAUCAAGGAGUGUGGAGGAGUACUGUCAAGAGUUAGACAUGGUUAUGACCAGAGCCAAUAUUGAAGAAGAUCUCGAGGCUUCUAUGGCACAUUUCUUGGGUGAUUUGAAAAGGGAGAUUGUUGAUGUUGUUGAAUUGCAGCACUACAUGGAUUUGGACGAAAUGCUUCAUAUGGCUGAGAAGGUAGAAAAACAAUUAAAGAAGAAGAGUGGUUCAAGUAAGUUUUCUUCUACUCAAUCAUCUUGGAAAGGAAAUAAUGUGAAUAAAAAGGAUGAUGUGAAGAAGGCAGAAUCCAAGAAAUUUGAGCUAAAGAGUUUUUCAAAUGGUGAUUCUAGUAAGAGCUCUUUUAUUUUUAAACUCACAUGUUUUAAAUGUUUGGGAAAUGGCCAUAUUGCUUCUCAAUGUCUUAAUUCCAUAACCAUGGUUAUGCUUGAUGAUAGAUCUUAUGUGAGUCAAAGUGAAGGGGAAGAUGAAAAGGAAGCCAAUUCAUGUGAAGAUGAAGGUGAUCAAUGUGAAUUCAGUGGUGAUAAAGUUCUUGUUACUAUGAGGGCUUUGAAUAUGCAAGUUCAAGAAGAAGAGGCCCAAAGACACAACAUAUUCCAUGCAAGAUGCAAAGUGCAAGAUAAGGUAUGCAUGCUUAUAGUUGAUGGUGGAAGUUGUACUAAUUGUAUAAGUACUUAUUUUGUAGACAAGCUGGAGUUGCCAAUGAUCAAGCAUCCUACACCAUACCGCUUGCAAUGGCUCAAUGAUAGUGGAGAAAUUAGGGUGAAUCGGCAAGCUAUGGUAAAAUUUUCCAUUGGUAAAUAUGAGGAUGAAGUUCUUUGUGAUGUAGUACCAAUGAAUGCAGGUCAUAUUCUACUUGGACGACCAUGGGAGUUUGAUCGUGAAGCCAAUCAUGAAGAUGUGCUACCUGAGGAAGUGCCCGAUGGAUUACCUCCAAUUUGAGGUAUUGAGCAUUAAAUUGAUUUCCAGCUCGGUGCAACUAUUCCAAACCGUUCAGCAUAUCGAGCAAAUCCGGCGAAAACAAAAGAGCUCCAAAGGCAAGUUGAUGAAUUGUUAUCUAAAGGACAAAUCCAUGAGUCUCUAAGUCUUUGUGCUGUUCCUGUGAUUUUAGUUCCAAAAAAAGAUGGUACAUGACGCAUGUGCAUUGAUUUAAUUUUCCUUGGCUAUGUGGUAAGUGCUAAUGGUUUGAGAGUUGAUGAAGCAAAUAUUGAGGCUAUUCUUGACUGGUCAAUUCCAACAAGUGUGACUGAGGUAAGAUCUUUCCAUGGGCUUGCUAGUUUUUAUCGAAGGUUUGUUAAAGAUUUUUCAACAAAAGCAGCCCCUCUUAAUGAGUUGGUAAAAAAAAAUGUAAAGUUUGAAUGGGGUAAUUCAUAACAAAAAGCUUUUGAUCAAUUGAAGCAUGAUUUGACUAAUACAACCGUUCUAGCUUUGCCUAAUUUUUCUAAAACUUUUGAAGUUGAAUGUGACGCUUCAGGAAUUGGAAUAGGUGUUGUUUUGCUUCAAGAAGGCCGACCACUUGUUUACUUUAGUGAAAAGUUAAAAGGAGCUCAUUUGAAUUAUCCAACUCAUGAUAAGGAGCUUUAUGCCAUUAUGAGGGCAUUGGAAACAUGGCAGCGUUACCUCAUGCCAAAAGAGUUUGUGAUCCACACUGACCAUGAAUCUCUCAAGUAUCUCAGGGGACAAAAGAAUUUGCAUAAGAGGCAUGCUAAGUGGAUAGCAUUCAUUGAGACUUUUUCCUAUGUUGUGAAGUACAAGAAGGGUAAGGAAAACAUUGUUGUUGAUGCAUUAUUCUACAAAAAUAAUGGUUUCUUGUUUAGAGAAAACAGAUUGUGUGUUCCACAAUGUUCUUUAAGGGAGUUACUUGUGCGAGAGGCACAUAGUGGUGGAUUAAUGGGACAUUUUGGGAAUUCUAAAACUCUUGAUGUCUUGAAUGAACAUUUCUACUAGCCACACAUGAAAAGAGACGUUGGAAAGCUUUGUGGAGGAUGUGUUGAGUGCAAACGAGCAAAAUCCAAGUCUUCCUCACGAACGUUACACUCUAAUGCUAUACUUCAAUCACCUUGGAUUGACAUAUCCAUGGAUUUCAUUCUAGGGCUGCGUAGAUCACAACGAGGUAUGGAUAGUAUUUUUGUUGUGGUUGAUCAUUUUUCUAAAAUAGCUCAUUUUAUUCCUUGUAGGAAAUCGGAUGAUGUAAAGCAUGUUGCCAAUUUGUUCUUUAGAGAAGUGGUUCGACUACAUGGGGUUCCUAGAAGCAUAGUGUCCGACAGAGAUGUCAAAUUUUUGAGUUACUUUUGGAAGACACUUUGGGGAAAAUUGGGAACCAAAUUGUUGUUUUCAACCACAAGUCAUCCUCAAACAGAUGGACAAACGGAGGUGACAAAUCAAACUCUUGGUACACUCCUAAGGGCAAUCCUCAAAAAGAAUCUCAAGAGUUGGGAGGAUUGUGUACCAAUUGCUGAAUUUACAUAUAACCGAACUAUGCAUUCAUCCACAUGUUUAUCUCCUUUUGAAAUUAUUUAUGGUUUUAAUCCACUAACUCCUUUAGAUCUUUUUCCUCUAGAUUGGGUUUGGGUUCAUAUGAGGAAGGAAAGAUUUCCCAACAAAAGACAGACAAAGUUACACCCUCGUGGAGAUGGUCCAUUUCAAGUCCUUCAAAGAAUCAACAAUAAUGCCUACAAGUUGGACUUGCCCGGUGAGUUUGGAAUUAGUAAUACUUUCAAUGUUUCUGAUCUUUCUCCAUUUAAAGAUGAUGCAGGACACGAUUCGAGGUCAAAUCUUUUUAAGGGAGAGGGAACUGAUAGCGAUCAAAUGCACAAAAGUUCAAAUGUUGCUAAUUAG